AAGAAGACAGUCCAGACUGCAGAUAUUCUUCCGUACCUCUGUUUCAGUCAACUAUUCUGGGCGCCAAACUCAGCCCACGUUUUCUUUCUUUCUUUUAUAUUAUAUAAGUUAAAUAACACUGCGUUGGGAGUCUGGGACGAAGCACCUGCAGCUGUUUACUCCAUAAACAAGCUAGUCUAGUCUGCUCCUCUUUUCAGCUACCCAAGCCAUCCAGACCAUUAUGCUUCCUCUCAACUUCUUGUAGUCCUGGAUUUGAGACUUUUUCCACCUGUUUUUUGUUCUGUUGUAUUCGGGGAAAGGAAUCGGGAAAAUUGAAAGAAAGAAGCUCAGGGACUGGAAUUCCGGGAAUAAAAAUAUUAGAACUUGCAACAGUGCUGGGCAGGGAAAACUCUUUCCAUGGAAGGAGGAAAAGGCGUGGUGGAGAAGAAAGGAACAAACGAGAUUGUUUUGCAGAUUCUGGGUACCGAAGAAACUUACGUUACGAGGAAAGAAAGUAGAGAUUCCAAAGGCUCUGCAUUUAGCGAAAGCAGCACCUACUCUUUUUCAAGGAAUUCUCUGCUUGGGUCUUCGCCGAAACGGGUUAGUGAUACAAAUGUUGAGCCAAAAGAGCUCGACGACCUUAAGAACCGAGUUCAAACGUCCACAUUUACAAGCCCGUCUUCUCCUUUACCGAGUCCGAUUCGCAAGCCUCCGAAGAUCCCAACGGACACCUUGACGCAAAGAAAAUCGCUUGCGCGGUCGGCUUUCUCCAAGCCCAAGUCGAGAUUGGUGGAGCCAGCGUAUGCUGGCAAGGCCAAUUUAGACUCGAAGAAGGCGGAUGCAACUUUCUCCAAUCGGAACUCGCCGAAUGUGGCUUCCCCAAGUCACAAAGUCAGUGUUACUACUCCAAAGGAAACCUUGAAAUCGGCACCGAUCACUCCCAGAACGCCGUUGAUCGGGUCGCCGGGACCAGAGGAGGAAGAUGAUGAGGAAGUUUACAAGUCGGCCAAUCUUAAAGUGGGCGAGAAAAUGGGUAAGAAGCUUAAAACGAUGGUUUUGCUCGAGUGGACUGCAUUUGUGUGCAUCAUGGGGUUUUUGAUUGCGAGCUUAACUAUUGAGAAAUUGCAAAACGGUGAGCUUUGGGAUCUGUAUUUGUGGAAAUGGGGUGUGCUGGUGUUGGUAAUCUUCUGUGGUAGAUUGGUCACUCAAUGGUUCAUUAAUGUUUUGGUUUUCUUGAUUGAAAUGAACUUCUUGCUUAAAAAAAAGGUUUUGUAUUUUGUGUACGGGUUGCAGAGGAAUGCUCAGAUUUUCAUUUGGUUGAGUUUAGUUCUAUUAGCAUGGGGAUUGUUGUUCGACAGGGGAGUAGAGAGAUCCGAGGAAACUUCUCGAGUUCUGAAUUAUAUUACCAGGUCUCUUGCUGCUUGCGUUAUUGGGGCAGCUAUAUGGCUUGGAAAGACUCUGUUAGUGAAGUUACUAGGUAUUUCUUUCCAAAGCGCGAGAUUCUUUGACCGGAUUCAAGUAUCGAUAUUUCAUCAGUAUAUUCUUAGGACCCUUUCGGGACCUCCUUUGAUGGAGAUUGCAGAAAAAGUUGGGUACUCGGCAAGUUCGGGGCGUUUGAGUUUCAAGAACUUGAAGAAAGAAAAAAAUGAGGGAAAAGAAGGGGGAAAAGAAGAGGUGAUUGAUGUAGACAAGCUCAAGAAAAUGAAACAAGAGAAAGUUUCAGCUUGGACCAUGAAAGGGUUGAUUAGUGUCAUAAGGGGUUCUGGACUUACUACCAUCUCAAACACACUCGAUAGUGUGGAUGAUGAUGAGGGUGAGCAGAAAGACGAGGAGAUCACUAGUGAGUGGGAAGCAAAGGCCGCUGCUUAUCGGAUUUUCAAUAAUGUGGCUAAGCCUGGAAGCAAGUACAUUGAUGAGGAGGACCUCUUGCGCUUCAUGAAAAGGGAGGAGGUGGAUAAUAUGCUACCACUGAUUCAAGGAGCAGUGGAAACAGGAAAGAUCAAGAGAAAAAAUUUAAAGAACUGGCUGGUGAAUGUUUACCUAGAACGCAAAUCACUGUUACAUUCCUUGAAUGAUACGAAAACAGCCAUAGACGAGCUGAACAAGCUUGUUUCAGCGAUUGUGCUUAUUGUGGUCCUUAUUGUGUGGUUACUCUUGAUGGGAUUUUUAACAACCCAAAUUCUCGUCUUCAUUUCAUCUCAACUUCUUGUUUUGGCUUUUGUAUUUGGUAACACUGCCAAGACUGUGUUUGAAGCCAUCAUAUUUGUAUUUGUGAUGCACCCAUUUGACGUAGGGGAUCGUAUUGUUGUUGAUGGAGUGCAGAUGGUUGUUGAAGAAGUGAACAUUAUGACGACAAUCCUCUUGAGAUAUGACAAUGAGAAAAUAACCUAUCCAAAUUCAGUUCUGGCUACCAAACCCAUCAGCAACUUUUAUAGGAGCCCUGAAAUGAGUGAUUCUGUCGAAUUUGCUAUUGAUGUUUCUACUUCAAUUGAGAGUAUUGGAGCUCUCAAAGCAAAAAUAAAAGUGUACUUAGAGAGCAAGCCUCAACACUGGCGUCCUGGCCACAGUGUGUUGGUUAAGGAGAUCGAGGAUGUAAACAAGAUGAGAAUGGGUUUGUAUGUCACACACACCAUAAACUUUCAGAACUAUGGGGAUAAGAGCAGCCGGAGAUCUGAACUUGUCUUAGAGCUGAAGAGAAUUUUUGAGGAGCUUGGUAUUAAAUAUCAACUGCUGCCUCAAGAAGUUCUCCUCAGAUAUGUUGGGACAGCCCCCCCAGCAUUUCAACCUGUGCGGUGAUCAUCUCUCUUCUUUGUGCAAAAUUAUUCCUCUGCUGCAAGUAGGUGCAAAUGAGGGGGAUGCAGAGAGUUUCAUUGUUUUGUAAAGCAAAGAGCAAUUUUUUUUUUUUUUUCUUCCGUUGGUUUGUGGCAUUUCAUCUCAAGUAAGAUUGAUGAUUCAAGCUGGAUCUCAGUUCUUACUUUACUUCAAGUAAAACGAAUAAAAACUGCUCUGGCCUGAUGAAAGGAAAAGAGCAUUGGUGUGAUUAUGAGUUCUUGAAAAAUAUUUUCAUUUGAACACAUUUUUCUUUUAAUUUUCCUUAUUUUACAUGGAAGCAAACACAGCCUUAAUGGAGAAA